CCAGCGUGGGGGCGCGCUCCGGCGGGGCCCGCAGGCGCGGGCGAUGCUGCGGAUGAAGUCGGCGCUGCCGUACGCGCUCGGGGCCCUGGACUGGGACCCCCCGCACCUGCACAACCUCCAGCACUGCUACUGCUACUGCGGCGGGCCCGGACACUGGAACCUGAAGAUGCUGCAGUGCUGCCGCUGCUGGCAGUGGUUCCACGAGGCCUGCACCCAGUGCCUCUCCAAGCCGCUGCUCUACGGCGACAGGUUUUACGUCUUCGAGUGCAGCGUCUGCCGGGGGGGAGCCGAGAGCGUGCGGAGGCUGCCCCUGCGCUG